AUGGCGGUCAGGCACGGGGUUCCAGGUCUCCAUGUUACAUCGACGUGGCGCCUGGCGCAGAGGCUCCAUCCGCUGGUCUCGCGGGCUUUCAGCGCCUCAGGCGAUGGAGGCAGCUCCCUGCAAGAGAAGCCGGCAGAGUCGACCGUGCAGAAGGCCGAGGAGCGUCCCAAGCUGGAGCCAGUGGACACGACCACUUGGAUGGACCUCCAGCAGGAGGAUCGCUUUGUGGAACGACGAAUCGAGGACCAUGUGAAAGAACAUGGCACUGAGCUCCCUGAUAGCUCUGCCUUCCAGGAGGCUGCCGAGAGAUUGGCGGAGGCCCCUCCUGUGCCAGCGCCUUUGCGUUUGAGAGAUCCCCACGCGGUGGCGGAGCAGCAGAAAGAGGUCAUCGUGCGAAGCCGCACGACCACUGGCCAGGUCUUGUGGCCAGCCACGCAAGAGGAUAUCGAAAUCCUUAGUCAGUCAGAUCAGCUCUACCCCCGACCUUUCCAAGUAGAAGGCUCGGUGAUCAUCAGGUUGGUGCGACUGUCAGACCCUGUGACAAGUCCCGUGGGUCGCAUGGUGCGCAACAGGCAAUUCGGCAUCCGCGGGAACGAAAAGUGGCAGCUCUUAGCCACAGGAUUCAUGUGUUCCCUGGUGGUCUGUAGCCUUGGAGCUUGGCAGCUGCGACGCAUGAAGUGGAAGCGAGAUCUCAUUGAGAUGCGCCGCGAGCGCCUGGCGAUGCCACGACUGCAGGUGAGAGGCAGCCCCUUUCCCUGGACCGAUCAGGUCCAGGACUACGUCUACCGAGUGGUGGAGGUGCGGGGAGUCUUCGACCAUGACCAGGAGAUGCACGUGGGUCCUCGUCCCGGGUCCGAUGACAUGGGUGAGACGGUGCCUGGGGUGCUGGUGGUGACUCCUUUGCGCUUGGAGGAUGGCUCCACGGUCCUGGUGAACCGAGGGCAUUUGCCCACCUACCGCCUCGAGCGCGCGACGCGCCCUGAAGUCCCCACGUGGGUUCGAGUGCGUGGUGUUCUUGAGGAGGGCGAAAUCCCCAACUUUGCUGGAAAGUAUGCAAGGCUCCGGAAUCGUCCGGACAAGAACCAGUACCUUUACCUGCUAGCUGAUGAGCUUGCCGAGAACGCAAACGCCCGGAACCACGAGGAAUGCGCGCAGGCACUGGUGACAGCCAUCGACGUCCUCUAUGAGGAUGAUUUCAAAGCGGGCUAUCGCAGGAACCUGCCCUACGCCAUGAAGCACAAGGAGGACUACCUCCUAUUCUGGGCUGACGAGCACACGCACUUCAACUAUGCCAUGCAGUGGUUUGGCAUGGGCACGCUCUUUAUGGUCAUGACCUUGUACAAGUUUGUGGAAGUCUACAGGUGUACAUCGCGAGUCAAGCGCAAUGUUUUCUGUGCGGAUGAAGCAGAGAGUGCGUGGAGCGCCGGUUGCAUCGAUCGGUCAGAGCUGGGCUGCUUGCUCCUAGCUGGAGAUGGUGGUGGAAUUGGAGUGGCGUUUCUGAGCGCGAGCGCGCCGCUCGCGCUGGUGAGUUCCGCCGCUCCGAAGCUCCAAAGGGAGCGAAGAGGAGUGCGUGAGGCAGAGUGCAUGGGUGGGUCAGAGCAAAACAAAGACACGCCAGACGAGUUCGUACGCCAACACCCCGCAUGCCGUGACGCGGACGUCCCCGACUCCUGCAUGGAGCCACAAGCAGGCGAACGGCCAAGUUCACCCUACCGGACACGCUGCGAGGCGGCGGAGGUGGCUCAGCGCAAAGACCCUGUGGUUUGGCGCAACGGUCUGCGUGCCGCGGGCGCGGCACCACUGUGUGAUGUUGAGCUGGACACUUAUGAGGAGGAAGGUUUCUACCUCAUGCGUGGGCUGAUCCCCAAGGAGAAGCUGGAGGCCUGCAAGCAAUACAUAGAUUCUUUCAGCAACCAGGAGCAGAUGAAGGUCACCGACCAAAGUCGUUUGGUGACAGAAGCCAACUCCGCCGUGUUGCGCAGCAUCUUUGCUGUGCAUGAGGACGACGGCCCUUUGGGAGAACUGGCAAAGUCGAAAGUUUUCAUUGAGGUGGUCCAGCAGAUUCUGAACGAUGAUGUCUACGUGCAUCAGUCGCGGGUGAAUUUGCAAGCGCCCUUCAAGGGCACCGGCUUCUCGUGGCACAGCGAUUUUGAAACCUGGCAUGCAGAGGACGGAAUGCCACGACCGCGCAGCCUGUCAGCGGUCAUCUUCCUGGACAAGAAUGCAGAGUACAACGGUGCCUUGAUGGUCAUCCCAGGCUCUCACCGCAGCUACUUGCGCUGCCCGGGCCGACAAACGGCUGCCAACUGGGAGAAGUCCUUGCAGUCCCAGGUCUACGGAACCCCAUCGGAGGAACACAUCCGAGCUCUGGCAGAAUCCUUGGGCAUCAAGCAUUGCACCGGACAUCCCGGGGACGUUCUCCUCUUCGAUUCCAAUUUGCUCCACGCAUCGAGCGGCAAUCGCUCGCCUUUUCCGCGGCGGAACCUGUUCGUCGCCUUCAAUGCGUGGAGCAAUCGCCUACAAGCACCCUUUUAUUCAGAGGAGCAGCGCCCUGAGCAUGUCGCGCACCGGGAACGAGUUCAGCGCUUCCAGCGCUGACCGGUUGAAGGCGAGGAAAAGGCCAAGGCAAGCGAGGUGCUCCGAAGAAGGCACGAGC